CUCCUCACUUUCUGGAGAGGGAUCCUCGGCAGAUACCAACACUCUAGACCCUGCUGGACCAAACUGGUACUCCCUGUUCGCCUCACUCCGGAAGAAGAGGAGAGAAGUGAAACUAACCCUUCGGACAGAGAUGGCAACUCUCCGCACCUCCCUAUCAGCACUGGAGAGCAGAGUGACUGCCUUGGAGUCUGCAGGCCCUGAAGCCUCAUGCCCAGCACUACCUAUAAUUGCCCAACAUACAAGGCAACUCACAGACUUAAGGCUACAUAUUGAAGACUUGGACUACAGAAGCCGCAGGCAUAAUAUCAGGGUGAGAGGCCUACGUGAUGCACAGAACCAGGAGGAUCUACGGGUUGUGUUGGCACUCCUAUUUAAUCUCAUACUGGGCCGACCAUCUGACGCCCGACUCCGCAUUGACAGAGUGCACCGUGCACUCCACCCCAGACCUAUGCCAAGCACCCCACCACGAGAUAUAAUCUGCUGUGUGCAGGACUUUCAAACCAAAGAUGACAUAAUGAGAAGAGCAAGGACUGUGAGAUCCUGGCAGUUUGAAGGCCAAGAAGUUGAACUCUUUAAUGACCUGUCCCACAUCACUUUGCAAAUAAGGCAGGCACUGAGGCCUGUUACCUCUGCCCUGCAAUCACACCAAAUUAGAUACUGGUGCCAGUUCCCAUUAGCACUUACGGCAAGAAGGGGCAAUGCGGAAGCCACCAUUCGGAACAACCACCUGAUGUCCCAGUCUUUUUGGACACAUUGGGGUUGCCUGAGAUCCAGGUACAUGAUUGGUCAGAGUGCCCCCUGA